GGAUAAUGUUUUGCAAAACGAAAACAAAUCUUCGCCAGUGACGACUGUUCUAUUGUUCUAACGAUAUCUUCAACGAAAUAUUUUCCGUUUGGAACUUGUUUAAAAAUUUAUGUGGCUUUAGAAAAUUAUAACAGAAAUCAGAGCAGUUCUCUUAGAAUAAAUAUUAUCAUCACAUACUAUGGCUGGUUUACUGAGGUGAAUUUGUUUUUAUCCGCGGUAAACGUGUAUUAUUUUUCAACAAAACGACCUUAUUCGCGGCUUGUAAACAAAGAAAUAAGAACAGAAAAUGUGGUCGCACUUAGAACGUGGCAGUUCGCCAGUGGAUUGGUGUGAAUCUAACUACUCUAUAUCUCCUGUAAUAGCCGAAUUCGUGAACACUAUCAGCAAUGUCUUAUUUUUCCUGUUGCCACCAGUUUUGAUACAUUUGUUCCAAGAAUAUUCAAAAUUCGUUAAUCCAGCUAUAAAUGUACUAUGGGUACUCUUGAUGGUUGUUGGAAUGAGCUCAGCUUAUUUUCAUGCUACACUGAGUUUAGUUGGACAACUGUUAGAUGAGCUUGCAAUUCUAUGGGUGUUUAUGGCGGCCUUUGCAAUGUUCUUGCCAAAGAGAUAUUUUCCCAAGUUCCUAGGAGGAAAUAGGAGGAGGUUAGCUUUUUAUUCAAGUCUAUUUUCCAUCCUGUCGACUGGCUUCCUAGUCAUGCAUCCGAAAGCUAACGCGUUUGCGCUGAUGACUCUCGCCUUUCCAGCUAUCGGAUUUUUAUGCAAAGAGUUAAAUAGAGUGAAAUGCGUACGUGUCUACAGGCUGGGUCUUCGGUGUGUAGGAGUGUGUUUCUUAGCUAUAUGUUCAUGGAUCAUAGACCGAUUGUUCUGCGAGACUUGGCUAUCAAUCGACUUUCCAUAUAUGCACGGUGUAUGGCACAUCCUUAUUUUCAUAGCGAGCUACACUGCUCUUGUUCUGUUUGCCUACUUUAACGUGUCUGAGGAGCGACCCGAACAGAAGCCCCAAUUAAAGUACUGGCCAAGAAACGAUUUCGAACUGGGUAUCCCGUAUAUAACUAUCAAACAUCCAUGCAAAAUAGACAAACAUUUAAUUUAAGAAUCUAACUUGCCAAACGAUAAUAAUAAUUGUGUGUAAAAUAUAUAUAAUAUAUUGUACAAAUACUGACAAAAUUAACGUAUAUAAACUUAUAUUUGCGUUUUUUAACAUUUAAGCCAGGCUGCUUUAAGUAACCACGGAUCAAAUGAAAAGGGUUUUAAUAUUUUCCCUUAACUAUUUCUAGCUGCGAAAAUUGGGCAUGGUGAAUCAUCGAAUUGAUAUUAAUAUCAUAUAAUCGAUAUUCCAUGAAUGCGAAUAGGUAGUCAACAAACUUAAUCGUUAUUCAAAACGAUAGUUUAUUUAAAGAACAACAAGACGUACCGACGUACGUUCUCGAACACUGGUUUCGAACCUAAAAAUUUUUAGUAUUUUUUUUUAUUUAUUAUUAAUUGAUGGGGUAUAUUAUAUUUAUUACCAAAUCUGUAAUUUACCAUAGUAAUAACCAGAGGGGCUGCGUUCCAGCCAUAAUUCGGUAAUUAAAUUUCUGUAGCUUAGUAUUUAAUUAUUUGCCGUAAACAGUUUGUUAUAUUCAUUCGUUCAUUUUGGAACAAUGAAUAUAGUAUUAACUGUUAUUCAUCAAUGAUUGAAUUACCGAAUUAUGGCGUAUCUAGUUAUUAUCUUUUAUCAGUUCAAAUUAUUAUGAUUUAAAAGCAGCGUCUGGCAGCUAUAACUGAGGAGUAGAUGUUUGUGUUACGGUAAUUUUUCGGUAAUGUUUAAGUGCUUUCUAAAUUCACAGUGGGUUGACAUGCGUAGUGAGACAGAUAGUCUGCCACACUGCGCGUUAAAAUACAGUAUGGUAACUAUAGCCGCAGAACCCAGUGUGAAGCAUGACUUGAAGAUUCAAAUUCCUUCGUUUUAUUGCUAUUUUCUCAAAGGCUUUAAAUUUAAAAUUUGUAUAUAAAAAUUAUUAAUGUGCUCAUAUAAUAAUUAUAGGUACCUUGUAUCAUGAUUUAAAAGAAUUCUUUGGACUAAGUCCUACAUUCUUGAUCAAAUUUUAAUUUCUUAAUCAGUAAACGUUUGAUCCAGCAAGUAAUAUUAUUAAGUGAUUGAAAAAUGAAGUAAUAAUAUAGAAAAAUAUUUUUACGUAUGAACUGGCAUCACUGACUUGAGCACACUGGACUGGACUGGCUGUCCUCAAACAAAUAACAGCUUAUACUUAUUUGAAACGCCAAAUGUGACAUACGAGUUUCUAUGUAACUAAUAAUAUAGUGUUGAAAGAUUGAAUACAAUUUUCAUUGAUAC